GUUGCUGUGAGGUGAACUGACAGUUGCGGUGACAGCACGGGGACGCUGUGACCUCCGAGUGAACCUCACAGCAGGAAAUACACUGAUGAGGCGGCGGCUCACACUCAGACAAGCAGAGCAGCGCCGCCACAGACCGUAAAUUAUCCCGGUGGUCCCGUAGCUAGCCGAAGCUAGUCGACUGGAAACGGGCUAAUAACUAACUAGAUAGUAGAAACGGAAAUACGCUGGAACACGAUGCGCAAGAUGCCUGGGCAACUCGAUAACUUCAAGCCUAGAAAGAGGAAGAGCAGCUCUCAGGUUUCUGCUACAGAGAGAUGUCAGAAAAGUCAGAGGACGCGCUCUUCAGCUGAGGGUGGUUCAGUCGUCCAGUCCAGUAAAGCAGCUGAUCCUCCGGAGAAACUCUCUCUCAUCAGCUGUGAAUGUCAGCGGUCUGCCGACAGGAGGAGAUGCUCUGCAUCACCAGAGCUCGAAGGACAGGAGGGUAAAGAGAACGAGCUGAGGACGGAGCAGGAGUUUGACAGCUGCAGAGCAAACAGUAGCUGGGACAAACAGGAGCCGGAGCACAUGGAUUGUGAAGAAACUUGUAAAAACUUAUUCCCAGAUGACGACAGUAAUCAGAUCCUUCCUGUGGAGCAGUUCUUUGGAAACUUGGAUAUUGUACAGGACUUUCCUAGAACAUCCUCAAGUACUUCUUCCAAUGUCCAAAGAGAGAGCAGGAGGCGACACUUUUAUGCACGGGAGGACAGCGAUGAAGAGGAUGUGGGCCUCAGCAACACGCAGCUAGAUAAUGGAGUGGGCACUUAACAGAAAAGCAGUACUCUGAUGACUGUGGUGGACUUCUAAAGGAAAUAGCCAAAAAAAGAAACUACUUGCUCAGACACUGCAUUCAAUCAGUUUUCAUCCUGUUAUCAGUCCCAAACAUGAGCGAAGGAGGUAAGAAUGUAUUUGAGGUGGCAGAAUGAAAGAAAGAAAUGGAAAGAAUUGGUGUUUAUGACACAUGAAAGCGACCAAUUGAUGUCAAACUUGUACAACUUAGUUUACUAGAACAUCUGGCUUGAUAACCAACCAUUUUCAUGCAGUAAGAGAAUAUGGCCACCUGAGAGCAAACACAGGUGCUUAUGAUCCUGAAUUUAAGCUCACAUCUCAAUCAUAGCUGGGGGUGUGUUCACAGCACUUUAAACAAAUCAAACCCCAAACACUUUAUAGUUUGGGAUGCCAAAGAGAGCUGGAUUCAACUUAAAAACAUCCAAAGUGCUUAUUUGUUUCAGCCAAUUACACUUUGUUU